AUGGAGGAAUACGAAUUUUACUGGCGCGUAGAGCCUAGUGUGGAAUUUUUUUGCGAUAUUGAUUACGACCCAUUCUUGUACAUGAAGGAAAACAACAAGAAAUAUGGAUGGACAAUUUCCCUCAUUGAAUUCGAAGCUACUAUUCCUACUCUGUGGGAAACGACAAAGGCAUUUAUGAAGGAGCAUCCUGAUAUGAUUCCAAAGAACAAUUUGAUGAACUUUGUUUCAAAUGAUAAUGGAAAGAACUACAACUUGUGUCACUUUUGGAGCAACUUUGAGAUUGCCGAUCUUAAGUUCCUGAGAAGCCCUGAAUAUACAGCAUUUUUUGAUUAUCUCGACAAAUCUGGAGGAUUCUUCUAUGAAAGAUGGGGAGAUGCGCCUGUGCAUUCCAUUGCUGUGGGUAUCUUUUUAAACAAAUCAGAAGUACACUUUUUCAAUGACAUCGGCUACAAGCAUGAGCCUUUCAUGCACUGUCCUGUUGCUCGUGAGUUGCAGAAAAAGUGCCAUUGCAAUGCAGACGACAAUUUUGAUUUGACCCCAAAUUCUUGUAUGCGCAGAUGGGUAGAAAUUUCUUGA